UUUGCGCCCGGCUGAGGCGAGUUCUGUGAACAACAAACGGCUUUUUCAGGGCAUAUCGGCAUUUAAACGUAUUGAAACGUGUUAAAAAAUGUUCGCGUUUUCUUUUUGACAGUAGUUAAACGAUGGCAGACGAAGUUGCGAUGGAAACGCUGAUGGGAAUUGUCGUCUAGAGAAGCUCAAUAGAGAUACAAUGAGUGAGAGCUUUCUUCUAUCCGUUACAGAUCCUCGAUUGUCAAAGGAGAUUAUAAUGUGUUUUGAGAUUUCUUAUCAACAAUCAUUUGGACCUGAAUAGAUCUAUGUAACCUCAAAGAGAGCCAACAUCAUUAUUAUAAUUUAUUUUCUGCUAUAAAACUGAGGAGCUGGACUCACUCUUGAAUUAAUUUAUAAUAUUGUUUGUAAUGUUUUGCCUAAAUGACGAUGAAUGGAGCCUGACAAGGAAUAGAUAAAGAAGUAAACACUGCCCUGGUGUUUAUUUAUCGUACUGACAGAGAUAGACAGCGUGGAAACACAAAGUGACAAGUGGACGACCUACAAGAUCCUGACACAUACACGAUGCCACAUGAGUCACAAGGUUCUCAGGGAAGGAGUGGGACUGGAGAAGACCUGUCACAGGUGGCUGUGAUGCCGGAUAUUGUGGUCAUCUCCAGUGAAGAGAAGGGCCAAGUCGCUGAAGGGAAUGACCUGGAACUGGAUGAUUUAAGCCACACAACACAAAAUGCUGAUCCUAAAAUUUUGCAGUCUGUACUCAGUGAAUCUCAGGUUUCUGUGGAAGUGGGUGUGGCAAAAACGGCGCAGGUCCCUGAACCUCUUCAAGCCAAUUCUUUGUUGAGAGGAACUCCACAAGGUCUGGACGAUGGCGUCAACUUAUCCACUGAAAGUUUGCAACAAGAGAGCACCAUCUCAUCUCAACCAAGCAGCUCCAGUGACUCAGACUACUGUAGCUCCAAGUCCAGCCCAGGUUACGCCAACACUAGUUUUAGCACUGACCUUUGUGAUGGACAUGAACUUGAAGAGAGCUCCUGUGAGAAAAAGAAUCCCAUCUCUUUUGACAGUUUCCAAGAAUCUAGUUUGGAUGCUUCAGACUCUAGUAAAAGCUCCAGCUCUUGCCCGAUGGAUGACAGGGGUGACUCAAACGCUGACAUCUCCCCCAGCAGCAGCAAAUCUGUACUUCCUGACGUUUCAUGCAGUGUCUCCCAACCGAGGGACAGCAUAGACAUGAGAUGGGCAGAGGAGGAUGAAGAGGAGGACAGGCAAAGCACUCGGUCCAGGAGGAGCACUGUGGCUGAGGGAGUUUGCUGUUGUUAUCACGCCGUUCACAGGGCCUUUUUACGGUGUGUGGAGGAGACGCCGGCGAUGCUGACGGGGCUGGUGCUGUUGGCCUUCUGUGUGGCAAUCAUCGUCCUCAUCCCCACCACAGGAAGGUUUGACACAGAAGAACUACAGGAACUCCAUGUCGGUGCCCUGGCAGUGGUGUGUGUGGUUUUAUGUCUGAGUGCCAUCCUGCUUGUCUGCCUGCCCUGGUUGGCCACCAUGAGGCGCUGUGGAGGAGCCUUGGCCUUGUUUGUUUGGGGGACAUUAUACGUCACUGCCAUAGUUUUCAUCUUCACCGGAGGUCGUGUCACUGCAUGGGAACAGGUGGCAUUUUUCCUCUUCCUGUCUUUGAGUGUGUACACAAUUUUGCCUCUCUCUUUGGCCUGGGCUCUCAUGGUGGGAAUUGGGACCAGCGUUUCACACAUUAUCAUCAUCAGCAUCUACGUCCCUGUCACAAGUCCUGAAACAGCGGACCUUGCUGUGCAGCUGGUAGCAAAUGGUGUAUUAUUCAUAUGUGUGAACUGCGUUGGGAUUUUCCACCUGUGGAUGACGGAGCAUGACCUCAGGAAGUCCAAUCAGAAGAGAGAAAAGUUCAGCGCAAUACGCUCCCAGAAGGAAAUAAGAAAAUACCAGCAGGAGCGGCUCCUUUUGUCGGUGUUGCCACGCUACAUCGCCGUAGAGCUAAAAGCAGAGGUGAUAAAGAGGCUGUCCAAACCCAAGAGUGAGAGGGAGGAUGGACCCAACUUUCACAACUUCCACAGCCUCUACAUACGACAGCACAAAGACGUCAGCAUCCUUUAUGCUGACAUUGUAGGCUUCACAAAGCUGGCAAGUACCUGCUCACCAGAGGAAUUGGUUGUUGUGCUCAACAAGCUCUUUGGCAGAUUUGAUGACAUCGCCAAGAAGAAUGGGUGCCUUCGCAUUAAAAUUUUGGGUGACUGCUACUACUGCGUGUCUGGUCUGCCUGACCCGAUCCCCUCACACGCCAAGAACUGUGUGCAGAUGGGACUGGACAUGUGCACUGCCAUCAGUAAAUUGCGAGAGGCAACCGGGGUAGAGAUCAGUAUGCGGGUUGGCGUUCACACUGGCAAUGUGCUCUCUGGUGUCAUCGGUUUGCAGAAAUGGCAGUACGAUGUGUGGUCACAUGAUGUCACAUUAGCCAAUCACAUGGAGUCUGGAGGCCUGCCUGGACGAGUCCACAUCACAGAGGAGACCCUGCAGCACUUGAAUGGGGCGUACCAAGUGGAGGAUGGGAACGGAGGGAGUCGAGACCCUCUUCUUCAAGGAAGGAAAACCUACCUGGUGAUUGAUCCUCACCAACCAGAGACUGUUUCUAGGAGACAAAGAUUGCCCAACACACUUGCGUCAGGUGAGACUAGGCAGCGGGCGUCGGUGCGGAUGUCUCAGUAUCUCCAGUCCUGGCACACAAUCCACCCCUUUGCAGAUCUAAGCAACCCCAAUGCCAAGACCCCCAAGAAGCCAGUCAUCCCCAAAAAUGUUGCAAUGAACCAGUCACAGCAGUCUUCAGAACGACUUCCUGAUCAGAAUAGCUCUGGCUGUUUGGUUGUGGAUAAUGGUGUCAGAGGAUCUUUAGACACAAUGGACACUGCAGGGAGGAGAAAAAAGAAGCUCAACUGUUUAACUUUGCUGUUCAAUGACAUAAGUUUGGAGAGAAAGUUCCGCUUCUCAGAGGUAAAGGGUUUACACCACUCAGUGAGCUGCAUAGCUCUGAUCUUCGUAACUCUUUUCACAGUCCAGAUGCUUGUCUCUAAGAGGAACUUUGAAAUGGCUGUGUCUUAUGGUGUGACCUUCCCAGUGUUGAUCCUGCUUCUGUCCAUCGCUUUCACUGGAUACUUGGAGAAGUGGCAGUCUAAGAUGCCCCUGAGUGUCCAGUGGAUUUCAGGGCUAUCCCGUGGCGUCUCCACCAGGGCGGCACUGCGGGUGUUUGUGGUCACUCUCUGCGUCCUCAUUACCCUGCUUAUGGCCAUCCUCAACUUUUUCUUCCUCCCAGGAAACAACUGCACCUCAAUCGUCAACAGAACAGAACUGGAGGGUCUCAAACUCUACACUGUGCCUUACUACCUGUAUUGUUGCCUGCUCGCCAUGCUUGGAGUGAUUGUGUUCGUCAGGACUUGCAUGUCAGUGAAAAUACUGCUGCUCACCCUUGCUGUGGUGGUUUACCUGGCCCUUUUCCUUCACGUUUAUGCCCCGAGGUCCUUCUGCCUUGUUACCCUAGUUUACAACAACACAACGCCUGGCGUCCUGAAAGACCCUCAGAUCAUGUCGGGGGUUUGGCUGGUCAUCUUUUAUAUCAUAUGCCUCAUCCUUGCCAGACAGGACGAGCUCAGCUGUCGUGUAGAUUUCCUGUUGGACCACUGUUUCCAUUUGGAGAGGGAGGAGAUGGAGACCAUGGAGAACGUUAAUAAGCUCCUUCUGCAGAAUGUUCUGCCACUCCAUGUCGCCUCAUUCUUCAUGGGCAAAAAUGUUCAGAACCAGGACCUGUACAGUCAGUCAUAUGACUGCGUGUGUGUGAUGUUUGCAUCUGUGCCUCAGUUCAAAGAGUUUUACAGUGAAAGCAGCGCCAACAACGAUGGCUUGGAGUGUUUGCGCUUCCUCAAUGAAAUCAUAGCAGACUUUGAUGAGCUUCUCUCUAAGCCCAAAUUCUCUUCAGUGGAGAAGAUUAAAACCAUCGGCAGCACGUACAUGGCUGCCGUAGGGCUGACGCACUCUGCUCCAGGAGACGAAAGAAAGAAAUGUGAGAUGUCCUACAGUCAUGUGCGCUCCAUGAUGGAGUUUGCAAUCGCUCUGAUGAAUAAACUGGAACUUAUCAACAAACAUUCCUUUAACAGCUUUAAACUCAGGAUAGGAAUAAACCACGGCCCAGUGAUCGCAGGUGUAAUCGGAGCUCAUAAACCCCAGUAUGAUAUCUGGGGGAACUCUGUGAAUGUGGCCAGCAGGAUGGACAGCACAGGAGUACUAGACAAGAUACAGGUGACAGAGGAGACAGCUCAGAUGGUCGAGAGCGUCGGCUUCAGCGUCACACUCAGAGGAGUUAUCAACGUCAAGGGAAAAGGAGAACUCACCACCUACUUUGUUAACACAGACCAGUCUUCUCCCCCGUUUUGACCUCCUCAUUCAAUAACUUAUUACUCAAACCCGAGCCUAAACUGAAGCCACAAGUGGUCGUUAUGUAUUUUGUGAACUGCUACAUUUAACCAGACACUAUGUGACUCAUUCAGACGAACACAAUCAACAGCGGUGACUUGAAAUCCCUCCUGGUUGUUUUCACAGGCCUGUGUUCACCACAAACAUCUGCACUGACUGAGUGCUGGAGUGGUGAUGUAGUAGUCACUCACAUGACCCUACGGACUGCCUUUGUCUUUCAGAUGAGACACUAAAUAAAUCCUGAACAGUCAACUCCAGACCUGAAACUUGAAGCUGCAAAUGAAAACAGACUUUUCUACUUUUCUUUUCAUGGACCAUUCAAUAGAAAAUCAUGUUUGUUUGUUGCUAUUUUAGUACUGUGCCUGUUUAUCAUCUAAACAUAUCUGAGUGUUUUCAUGUUUUAUGUGGAAUAAUAUAAACUGUAAAUAUAAGAUGGUGUUAAAAUUUAAACACAUUUUUGCUACACUUAUCUGGAUCACAUGCACUGCCUGAUCAUAAACCAUUGUUCUAUGACUAAUUUAUUGAGUGUUGAGAGGUACUGAAGAUGAGUUGCUUUAUGAAAAUCAAGCCUCAUCUUUGUUGUUUUGUCUGUUAAGUAGCUUUUACUUCUUUAGCUCAGCUUAACCUUUUGAGGUUACAUAUUUUGCACUACUAGACAGUUUUGUGAAACUGAAUGUUUUUUUUUCUUUGGGUUCAAUCCCCAGCAUAUGGUAUCAAUAAAUAAAUAUGAGACC